AUGAACACCCACCGUGUCCCAAUGGCUCCUCAGCGUGUAGACGCCCCGCUCACGAAAUUCGCUACCUUCCUUGUUCUCUCUGUGACCAACAAGUCCAAUGCCAUUGAAAACGUGCGCUCUACACUGGCAGGCGUGGACAGCCUGGCCAAAAAUGUAUCCAUCCGCGACCUCAGCGCCCAAUUUGCAUGCACCGUUGGCAUUGGAAGUGACAUCUGGGAUCGUCUCACGGGGUUUCCCCGACCCUCAGAGCUGCACCCUUUCCGUGAGGUCAAAGGCGAAAAACACACCGCGGUCUCGACCAGCGGUGAUUUGCUUUUCCACAUUCGCUCGGAGCGCAGAGAUAUCUGCUUUGAAUUCGAGCGGCAGCUACUGGACCAACUCGGCGACUCGGUCUCCGUCAUCGAUGAGACUGUCGGUUUUCGUUACUUUGAUGUCCGGGAUCUUCUUGGAUUUGUGGACGGUACGGCUAAUCCAGUUGGACUGGCGGUUCCGGCUUCCGUUCUGGUUGCAGAGGAAGAUACAGCUGCCGCGGGUGGCAGCUAUAUCGUCGUACAGAAGUACAGUCACGAUCUACCUGGAUGGAAAGAUCUCUCGACGGAACAGCAGGAAAGGAUUAUCGGCCGCACCAAAAUAGAUAAUAUUGAGCUCGAUGAUGCCAAGUCGGGUCAGCGCUCUCACAAGACACUCACCACGGUUGAAGAUGAAGAUGGGAAUGAGCAUGAUAUUCUUCGUGAUAAUAUGCCAUUUGGAUCUCCUGGUUCUGGCGAGUUUGGGACUUACUUCAUAGGCUAUACUCGUCGUCUUUGGGUGAUUGAAAGAAUGAUGGAGCGUAUGUUUAUUGGCGAUCCUCCUGGCCUGCAUGAUCGUAUCCUUGAUUUCUCGAAGCCGCUUACUGGGACGACAUUCUUUGCUCCUUCUGCCAGUUUAUUGUCUAGUUUGGGGUCUGACUGA